AAAAGCAGUCUUUGCUUAACUCCAUCACUGAGAACAAUCCUUUGUUUCAGCAACUACUGACCACAACUCUGGGGCAGCCUUACACAGACAGCCAAUUUACUUUGAAUAAUUAAACUCAAGUAAGGUAGAAUCUGCUAUUCAAGAACAAAGCAUCAAUUGUUAAGCAUUAAAGACUGUUAUCUAAACAGUUAAUAUGGACUACAAAAACUGUCUCCACGUGAACACUCCGGUGAGGGAAAGCCUACCGUUGUCUAAGGUGGCUGGCACCAGGGUAUACCUCAAAUUGGACAAUGCACAACCCACAGGUUCAUUCAAAAUUCGAGGAAUUGGUCAUCUGUGCAAAACAUGGGCCAAACGAGGCUGUGAACGAUUCAUUUGCUCUUCUGGUGGAAAUGCAGGCCUUGCUGCUGCCUAUUCAGCCAGAAAACUAGGACUGCCGGCAACAAUUGUUGUCCCACACUCAACACCAUCUUUUACCAUUGACCGACUCAAGGAUGAGGGUGCCAAAGUGUGUGUAGAAGGAGAGAUCCUGGAUGACAGCAUUCAACAUGCCAUCAAGCUUACAGAGAACAACCCUGCCUGGGUAUACAUUCCACCCUUUGAUGACCCACUCAUAUGGGAAGGGCAUACUUCUAUAGUGAAAGAACUGAAGGAGAAUGCAGAUUCAAAACCUGGUGCAAUUGCAUUGUCAGUAGGAGGAGGUGGCAUGCUCUGUGGUGUGGUCCAAGGGCUACAUGAGGUUGGCUGGUCCGAUGUCCCCAUUAUCGCCAUGGAAACCAAAGGAGCUGACAGUCUAAAUGCAGCCAUUAAAGCAGGAGAACUGGUUACACUUCCUGAAAUCACCAGUGUUGCAAAGACCCUUGGAGCCAAAAGAGUAGGAGCUCAGACCUUGAAAGUCACACAGCAGCAUCCUGUUUUCUCAGAAGUCAUCACAGACCAAGAAGCAGUUUUAGCCAUUGAAAGAUUCCUAGAUGACGAGAAGAUGUUGGUGGAACCAGCAUGUGGGGCAGCCCUGGCUGCUGUUUACAGUAAUGUCAUUCAGAAGCUUCAGAGUGAAGGCAAGUUGCCCUGUGACCUAUCGUCAGUGGUCAUCAUAGUCUGUGGUGGAAACAACAUCACACUGCGUCAACUACAGUACCUCAAGGAACAACUAGGACUACACGAUUCUCUGAAAUUGUCUUGAAGGACACAAUGCAGUUCACCAACACUGACUGUACAAGUUCCAGGACUUUUCCAUUUAUAAUGUUAGCACCAUAAUCCUAAAUUUCCAUUUCAGGAACCCUCCACUAUAUUUAAUCUAUAUACUACGCAGCUAAGAUGUUUAGUUAUUACAUUACAGAUGAAAACUAGCUAAUGGAAUUGGGCAAGUCAUGACACUGGAUUAAAUGUUUCGACUGGGUUAGUAGUGGUGAUGUCACAACACCACCACUGAUUUCCAGGAAGUACCAUGAUAACCUUGCAGACACUCAGACUGUAAAGUCAACCAAAGUAUCACAAGGGAUUUAUUUAUUACAGCAUGCUAAAGGUGCAACAGCUCCGGUUACUGAUCAGUUCAUUCCUUUUGUUGCAUGUAGGUGAAGCUUUGUAUUCAGAUUCGGUAGUAUGGCUUGUGACUAAAACAGCUCUUCUCUAAAGGCCACCAUUUGAGAAGCAUCUAAUGAAAAUUAUAUUACUCAUAAAAGCAUGUCUCAGUUACAAGAGUUAUAGUUCUAUACUGAGGUUUAGUUUGCAGAUAGCUAAUUAUGAAUGUGAAACAUAGUCUAAAGAGUUAUAACUGCAUAUUAGUGUGUCUGUCGGGGGGAUGGGUAUUGCCCCAAAUGCACAAAGAAUGUUGCAAUAUCAUUCUGUACAGUGCAUAUACUAAUCUGAGCUGGUUUAUUUUCAAAAGAGUGGUACCUCCAUUUUAAUAAAUCAUACAGUUCUUAAAAAUAGGUAGGAGCAGUUGCUUCUUAUUCUAAAUACCUUACUUUUAGGAAACAGUUGUAAUACUUCAAAUGAUAGUUUUGGUGGUUUUAAAGCAUCUCCAAAGUCCUGACUAUGAUCCAGGUAACCCAAAUGGGAUUAUUAGCUCAUCACCUGCUGAGUUGGCAGAGGAAGGGGAGGAGUGAUACAGGUGACCAGCUUGAUGCCUUUUCAGCAGAGAGUGCAGUGGUGUAUCUCUGAGGAGUUGAGUACCAAAGAAAAGUUGCUGGUAGAUUCUGGAGAUCACACGAAUGCUGGCUUCGAGGGAGCAGGGCAGUUAUGAGGGGCUUCCUCACUUGUGAUUGUGAGUGAUACACCAGUGUUGAUGUGCAAUGAGCACUUAACCCUGGGACGGCUAAUGAACAAGUACUGUGGGAUCAGGGACUAAAAGUAAAAAACAAAAAAAAAACAUACCUUCCCCAAUGGCCUCUGCUUGGCUUUCACCCCAGGAGGGACUAAUGGGCUUUAGAGUUGUCUUCUUGGGUAUAAAUGGAGUUAUGGAAUGAGUGGAUGGGGGGCAACUGAUAGUCAAAAAGGGAAUAAAAAACAGAACAAAAAAACUACUGCAUUGUGGCUUAUUCCUAGACUUCCUGGGCAUUUUUAUUCAAUUUAAUGACUGUGAAAAUGUUUUUGUUUGUGAAAUACAUUGUGUAGUAUCCCCUAUAUAAUUUUUUUUUAAUCAGGUUGCAGCUUGUGUUGUCACCAACACCAGUAUGUAUUUUAUUCAAGCCAACUUUUCUGUAAGUCUUAGCAAAGCUGAGGAGUAGCUGUCCACAACCAUUCACUAAUACAGUGCUUUUUGCCAAAUGAACUUCCACAAUGCAAACCAUGUACGUUCCUUUCAUUUUAAAUAUGUAUAUAUUGUACUUUGACUUUGUACCAGUUUUUAAAAAUAAAUAACGUACAUUUAUUGCCUCCUUAA